GGCGAGGUUUCACCGGACGGCAGGCGCAGACCGACGGAAGUGCCGGAGCCGUGACGCAGGGGUUGGGCAGGCUUCCACGAUGGAGGCAGGGUGAGCGCGAGUCAAGUUUGUUUCGUUUGUCAGCCCGAACGGGCGGCACACGUCGGUCCGUCAACAGCAACGUACCAGCUUCCAUGCACCAGCAGUGACGUCACAACCGCGGCGUAAGCAACAGGUCGAUUCCGUCACUCUCCAAAAUACGUCAGAGGUGUUCUCCCGCGCAUCUUUCGGUAUUAGCGUGCGGUGAUAUCAACUCGCAAACGAGCAAGCAACUCAGCUGGAAUACGUGCAACAGAUACAUUGGUUUGCGUUAGCGAGUGUAAUUUUUGUGGAAGUGUGUCAACAAAGUCGUGACGGACGUGUGAAAUUUUACUGUUACAAGUGAUUUGUGUGAAAGAAGAUAAUUCCUAGGGCAACAUCGUGUUAAUAUUCUCUGGAAAACAGAAGCGGGUUGUUAGGAAGAUUGUGUUUUUCGGCGCUAAGGAUUCGGAGAAGGAAAAUGACCGCCUCUUCAGCAGCUUUGUGGGUCUUUCUGCUCUUCAAUUUUCACCAGCUGAACACAGGUGUGUGCCAACAUGGGCUGCCAGGCAACCAGACGCCUCGGGUGCUGCGGGUGGACCGCAACUGGAACGUGCUCGCCUGGAUGCCCCCGGGCAGCCUGGUGACGUAUGCAACCGUCGACAGAAACGACGACCACCAGCUGGUCUUCCUGCUGGAGAAGCGCAUGCCUGACGACCCACCGCUGCCGUUCACCAUCGACAACGCCACCGGCGUCAUCUACACCAACGACACGCUCAAGGACUUGGUGGGGAAACCGCUGUACCUGUACGUGAAGGUGGACGACCCUUCGAGCCCGAUCAGCCUCAAGACGGAGGUGCGGGUUCGCGUCCUGAACGACACGUCGUCGGCCGGCGGCGCCAGCGACCUCCCCCGCUACCCCCCCGGGCUGCUGCAGCCACACUACCUGCCGGCGCCGCCCACGCUGCUGCCGCGCCCGGGAUCUGCGCCGGGCCCUGGACCCGGCACGGGGGCAGGGGCAGGGGUGGGGAUGGGGCUCGCCUUCAGCCGCAGGCCGCCCACCGCUACGCCCAACUACAGGACCACCAACACGUCGACGUCGACGACGACAUCGACGCCGUCGCCUCCGGCGCCAUCGCCUUCGCCACCGUCACCGCUGCCACCAGAUCUCAAUCCAGGUGGUACCGGCUCCGGAGACGUGAGCGACAGCAGCAACAGCAGCAGCACGACCGCAUCCGCGGCCACGCCGCACCCCGUGCCCAGGGGCUCCUCCGCCGCCGCCACCGCCCCCGCGUCCACACAAGUUCCGCCGGGCAGCGCUGCGCCGCCGUCCGACAUCGCCACGACGCUGGUACCCGUGACGUCAGUGCUCGCCCUCUUUGUGUUCGCUGGCGCCGCCUACGUGCUGCGCAAGCGAUACUGUGCACCGAGGCCCAAGGGCAAGGACGACAUGAGGAAAGAGGUGUCUGUUUCUGGAGCGCCGCUGGAGGAACCCAUGGCACUCGGCCACUGGAGGGGACCACGAGCCCACAGCAACCGCUACGAGGGCCGCGAAGGCGAGGAACCACACCCCACGACACAGCUGUCCAACGCUAAACCUGCUGACCGCUGGGAGUUUCCACGCCAUCGCCUGAAGGUGUUCAACAUCCUCGGAGAGGGCUGCUUUGGGCAGGUGUGGCGCUGUGAGGCUCUGGACAUUGACGGUCGUGAAGGCCCCACUGUGGUGGCAGUGAAGACGCUGAAGGAGAAUGCGACGGAGAAGGAACGAGCGGACCUGGUCCAGGAGCUGCAGGUGAUGAAGAUGCUGGAGCCACACCCUAACGUCGUGCGGCUGCUCGGCUGUUGCACGGAGAAAGACCCGCUGUUCGUCAUCAUGGAGUACGUGGCGCUGGGGAAGCUGCAGAGCUUCCUGCGCAGCUCCCGCGCCGAGCGCCACUACGGCAACCUGCACGGGCCCUCCAAGGCGCUCACGUCGCGCGACCUGACCUCCUUCGUUUAUCAGGUCGCCAGGGGCAUGGAGUUCCUCUCCUUCAAAGGGAUAAUCCAUCGGGACCUGGCUGCUCGAAACGUCCUGAUAGGCGAGGACCACGUCUGCAAAGUGGCGGAUUUCGGCUUCGCGCGCGACAUCAUGUCGAGCCACGUGUACGAGCGCAAGUCGGAGGGCCGGCUGCCGAUCCGGUGGAUGGCGCCCGAGUCGCUGUACGACAACAUCUUCUCGGUGAAGUCGGACGUGUGGAGCUUCGGCGUGCUCAUCUGGGAGGUGGUGACGCUGGGCUCGACGCCGUACCCCGGCAUGGCGGCCGCCGAGGUGAUGCGGCGCGUGCGCGACGGCUAUCGCCUCGACCGGCCCGAGCACUGCCGGCGCGAGCUGUACAACAUCAUGUACUACUGCUGGGACAAGAACCCCAAGGAGCGGCCCGGCUUCGGCGAGCUGGUCGCCAUGCUGGAGCCGCUGCUGCUCGCCGAGACCGACUACAUCGAGCUGGAGCGCUUCCCCGACCACUCCUACUACAACAUGGUCAGCCUCAGCGACGAGAAGCUGUGACGUCAGGGCGGCGGCCGGAGACGGCCGCGAGGCGACGGCGGCGAAGGCGGCGGCGGCGACGACGACGACGACGACGACGACACCGCAGUCGAAAGCUGGUCCUGCUGAGAGCUGCUCCUGUAGCUGCGGCCCUCGGGGCCAUCAAACAGCAGCUCCCGCACGUUCCUCGAGCAGUAACAGACCUUGUCCAGUGCAAAUAUGGCAACUCUGCUCAUGCAGACGCAGCUGCAGGCACUGGUUCAUGAAAUUUUCUGGGUUAUCAUACAGUGGCCAUCAUAGUGCAAUAUUCUCCUUUUCCCAAGAAGCCACUUAUCCAAGAUGACGCUAGGCAGAGGGAUUCUUCUCAGCAUCCAUCGAGAAGAAAGUUCGUGUUCGCCUGCCGAUAUAAACUCUAUCAUAAAUAUAUCUGAAGAGUCAACACCUUGUUUUGGAGAGACCUUUCAAAUGAUUACUAAGAUGUUCUUUAUUCCUCACUACACACGACAUCCACGAGAUUUAUAAAACUGAAAUGAGGAAUUUCAGCAUUUAAUAGGUUACAAAAACUAAGUACUUCGCUUUCCUGUUGAUCCUCUUAACUUUGUUUACUCCCCAGAUACUGAAACUACUUUCCUUGAUGAAUGAUUUAUCCAUUAUAUAUCUACAUAAAAGAAUAUUGC